UGAAUGAAAGAAAAAAACCCACUGUUUUCCAACUAAUUUAAUCCUGCUUCCUCGGUUAAGGGGAAGUCUCAGGAUCUGUCUUAUACCCAGUGGUAGGGAUUGUGUGUAAAGCCUUGUCCCAGCUGGGGUUGGGGGGUGGGCAUGAAGAAAGAGGAACUCCCUUCAGGGCCUUCCAGUCCAAAGAAAGAUUUGGUGUAAAUGCACAGGGAAACAAUUUAGUUAAAGGAGCACUGUGCUAGUGCUGGAGAAUUCAGAGCUGUUUAAAACCCAGCCUCUACCCCUGGUAGAAAAGACAAUUGCACAUCUCACUGUCAAAUUGAUAAAUUCUCUAGUAGAAGAAGGGAGGAAAAAAUUUUAAAAUGAACAGACUUUCAACAGAGAAGCAGAACAACAAUAGAAAUGGGGCAUAGAUAUUUGGAGGAGAGAAAAGAGCAUGAGAAAAAGCAUGGAGGCAUGAGGUACAAAGUGCUCAGAGAAGACUGGGAAGUUUGGUAUGACUGGACUGGAGUAAAAGAGUGGAAAGUGCAUGGAGGGGAGGGCUGGGAGACGAGAACAGGAAAGGAAAAUUGGGGCUAGCCAGUGAAGGGCCUUGAAUGACAAAGGGUUUAGCUAAAACCCAUUUAAGACUUAUAAGCAAAUAUGGUUGGAUACAGCUGCAUGGUGCUAUAAACAAUGCGGGGUGACUGGGGUGGGGGACUGGCUCCUGGGAGAAGCUGAGAAAGAGAGCUGAACAGCUUGAUUCUAGAAGGAUCUAGGCAUAAUGUUUGGUUUAGGAAACUCAUGGCCAGUGAUCUUUUUGAGGCUGCAGGUGUUCUCUCCCAAGUCUAAUAUCUGCUGAAAGUGGUUUGACCUUGGUAGGAGGCUGACAUCACAGGUGAGCAUCAGGCGAGAAGCUAAGAGAAGCAGUUCUUCAGAGAAUUAAGGAGUGCAUUGUCAGUGGGGGCCUAAGGUUCAGGGAGGGCCAUUCCAGGAACCAUCUGGCGUACAGGCUAGGCAGUGAGGAAGCUGGUUUCAAGCUAGGGAAGAUCCCAGAGGCUCAAAGACAACAUUAAGUCCCCAAUAUGAAAACAGCUGGAGGUAGGAGAGGAUGACUCACUCCUUCAUUUCUCAAACUGUUCUAUAUAGACAAUGAAACCCCACUAAGAUUCUUGCUGAUGUUGUAUAGGUGGGGAGAUUGAGGCUUAGCUGUAAUCAGGGCAGACUUCCUAGCAGGGACAGCAUACUGAAAGUCUAGAAAUAGGGGAGGGUUAUAGGGUGAAGGGUGUGUUGUCGAUGGGAUUAGGGAGGAGCAUGAAGGGACUAGUGAACUGGUUUUCCUAGGUAGGGUGGAGGGCAGGAAUUGCCACCUAUGGGCUGGUUAGGUAGGUAAACAGGUAGGUAGGUCUGGAUUAAGGGGGAAUCCUAAAAAGACCUGGCCCAAUGCAAGAUACCACCCUUUAAAGUUAUGUCAAAAUUUGCAUUGUAUCAGAAUAUAGAUGACCUUCUACAUGGUUACCUGGGACUUGAUUUUUAAUUUUGAGAUGUAUUUUAUUAUUCAAUGUUGAGAGCCCAACAGCCUCAAAAUUCCUAAAGGCCCCACGACUAAUUUAGUCUGGGGUUAAGACAUAGGAGAGUCUUAACUAGGUGGGAUGUGGAGGCUAUUACAGAUUUUUAUAGACUUUUGUUGCUUUCCAUUUCCUUGAUUAUAAAAAUCAUGGAUAUGCAUUGUAGACAGUUUUUAAAAUGCAAAUAAGUAUAAAGAGGAAAAUAAAUAUAAGCCAUAAUUCCACCACUCACUGAUAAUCAUUUGUUAUACUUUUUGAUGUGUUUGUUUUCUAUGCAUAUAUGUCACAUAAUUAGGGUCAUACUGUAUGUACAGAUUUGUGCAUCCAUUUUUUUCACCUAACUUUACAUUGUAAACAUUUUCACCUUAUUAAGAGAUUCUUCAAGAACGAUUUUUAAUGGUUGUAUUUCAUUGUAUACAUAUGACAUAAUUUAAACAUUUUCCUAUUGUUGGACCUUUAAGUUUCCAACCUUUCUAUGUGAUAAACAUUGCAGUUAUGAACAAUUUUGUGCAUAUUUUUCUUGCAGCGCUUUUUAGAAGAACAAUUUCCUGGAAGUGGAAUUACUGGAUCAGAUAAUAUGAACCUUUUUAAGACUCUUGAGUAGAUGUUGCCAAAUGGCUUUCAGAAAGAUUAUAUCAAUGUUUUUUACGACCAUCAGUAGGAUAUGUGUGUGUCGCAUCUCACUAACUACCCCCUUGCCUGCUUUAGGAUUUUUUUUUCCUUUAAUCUUUGCUAAUUUGAUGGGUAAACAUGGUAUCUCCUUGUUCUCUUUUUAGUUUUAUUGAUUCUUUGUGAGGUGAACUUUCCCCCCCCAUGUUUACGGAGGCCAUGGUUUUUUGAGUUUGUCCAGGGUGAAGAGCAGUAAGUAGACAGGGAUCAAUGGAGGCAACACCAGGUACAGGUAGAGAAUAGAGUUCAGGGUCCACAAUCCAGUCUGGGUAGGAGGGGAGGAGGCAGAGUUCAGGAAGGAAUUUGGUUGGGGUGGUGAGAACUGGGAGGAGCCGGACAAACAGCAUUAGUACAACUGGGUGUGGGGCCAAAGGGCUCCCACAAGGUGGAGACACAGGAAUAGACUAAUAGCUGCUAAUACGUUUAAUUAUGUGCAGUGACAUUAUAGGGCCUUUCUCCCACAGGUUUCCUUUAAGUAGGAUUCUCUGCCACUUGGGAGUAGGGGUUCUGGUUGUGUGGGGUAUCUGCAGUCCCCAAAAUAGCCCAGCACCCCUUCUUUAUAGACUGCAAGGUGAAUCAACCUCUGAGAGUGUCAACAGGGGACCAAGGCCAGAGCACAGCAAUGAUAUUACGGAACAUUAACUGAGUAGUAACUACAAGCCAGGCACUUAACUUAUAUUAGUUCAUUUAUCCUAACAACUACCAUAUAAAGUGGGGUCUCUUACACUCAUUUUAUAGAGGAAAUAGAAGCACAGAGAAGUUAACAUUCUCAGUGGCAGUCAGGAAGUAGCAGGAGUCUGGAAUUGAACCACACUGGCUACAGAGCCUAAGCUCUUGACCAACAAAUACAGAAAUAAAUGUGGGAAGGGGAGUCAGAAUUGCAGGACACACCCUGCCUAGCUACGCCUGCCGGGAAGGACUUAUGCUAAAAGAGAACCCUGGCACAAUAAUAAUAGCUAUCUUUUAUUGGGCACUGGCUUUGUGCCAGGUAUCAUGCAAAGGUGCUUAACGUUUCAUCCUCACAAUAAUCCCUUUGAGUGAGGUACUGCGAUUACCCCAUCUCGCUUUACUGGUGAGGAAGCUGACGCACAGUACUUGCCCAAGAAGCUGCGGGGCGGAUGCUGAGUGGCGGCUGCCCACGUGGCGCCGGGAAGAAGAAAAAUGGCGGGGGCGGGGCCGGGGCCGGCUUGGCGGGGGAGGGCCCGAGCAGGGGCGGGGCCACGGACUUGGCGGGGCCUGGGGCUGCGGAGAAGCGCGCCGGCGCUGGCGAGGUUUCGGUGGGGUUGCACCUGUUGCGUGACUCCCCCACAGUCCAGCUACCCGAGUCCGACCCGAAUACCCAGAAAGUGUGGAGAGAAGCCCAGACGAGUUCCGGGUCCCGCUCUCUGGGGAGCACGUGGCCUGCCCGCCUCUGGAGUGCGGGGCUGGGGGUCGGGACGCCGGGGUCUACAAGGCCAGUGCAGCGGCCCACGUCGGCGGGGGUCCGCCUCCCUACAGCCAGCAAUUUUGAAAGACUGCCUUACUUCUCCCAUAUCAGUGCCAGGGCAGGGGCCCUUGGAGCGACUUGCCGGGGUCUGGAUCCCAGCCCUUCUCCCAUCCCUCGCGACCGGGCUUCCCGGCUUUGCAGACCCUGGAGAGCAGACUUCCCGGUACCCCUCAGGGCUUGGGCAGCAUGGCCUCAGGAGCUGUUCAGCCGCUCCCUGGCUGAGAGUGAGCUCCGUAGCGCCCCGUACGAGUUCCCGGAGGAGAGCCCCAUUGAGCAGCUGGAGGAGCGGCGGCAGCGCCUGGAGCGGCAGAUCAGCCAGGAUGUCAAGCUGGAGCCGGACAUCCUGCUUCGGGCCAAGCAAGAUUUCCUGAAGACAGACAGUGACUCGGACCUCCAGCUCUACAAGGAGCAGCGUGAGGGGCAGGGCGACCGGGGCCUGUGGGAGCGAGAUGUGGUGCUGGAGCGGGAAUUUCAGCGGGUCACCAUCUCCGGGGAGGAGAAGUGUGGGGUGCCAUUCACAGACCUGCUGGAUGCAGCCAAGAGUGUGGUGCGGGCACUCUUCAUCCGGGAGAAGUACAUGGCCCUGUCGCUGCAGAGCUUCUGCCCCACCACCCGCCGGUACCUGCAGCAGCUGGCCGAGAAGCCCCUGGAGACACGGACCUAUGAGCAGGGCCCAGACACCCCUGUGUCCGCUGAUGCCCCAGUGCACCCCCCUGCGCUGGAGCAGCACCCGUAUGAGCACUGUGAGCCAAGCACCAUGCCGGGGGACCUGGGCUUGGGUCUGCGCAUGGUGCAGGGUGUGGUUCACGUCUACACCCGCAGGGAACCCGAUGAGCACUGCUCAGAGGUGGAGCUGCCGUACCCCGACCUGCAGGAAUUUGUGGCAGAUGUCAAUGUGCUGAUGGCUCUGAUUAUCAAUGGCCCCAUAAAGUCAUUCUGUUACCGUCGGCUGCAGUACCUGAGCUCCAAGUUCCAGAUGCACGUGCUGCUCAAUGAGAUGAAGGAGCUGGCCGCCCAGAAGAAGGUGCCACACCGAGAUUUCUACAACAUCCGCAAGGUGGACACGCACAUCCAUGCCUCGUCCUGCAUGAACCAGAAGCAUCUGCUGCGCUUCAUCAAACGGGCGAUGAAGCGGCACCUGGAGGAGAUCGUGCACAUGGAGCAGGGUCGUGAGCAGACGCUGCGGGAGGUCUUCGAGAGCAUGAAUCUCACUGCCUACGACCUGAGUGUGGACACGCUCGAUAUGCACGCGGACAGGAACACCUUCCAUCGCUUUGACAAGUUCAAUGCCAAAUAUAACCCUAUUGGGGAGUCUGUCCUCCGAGAGAUCUUCAUCAAGACCGACAACAGGGUUUCUGGGAAGUACUUUGCUCACAUCAUCAAGGAGGUGAUGUCGGACCUGGAGGAGAGCAAAUACCAGAACGCUGAGCUGCGGCUCUCCAUUUACGGACGCUCAAGGGACGAGUGGGACAAGCUGGCGCGCUGGGCCGUCAUGCACCGUGUACACUCUCCCAACGUGCGCUGGCUCGUGCAGGUGCCCCGCCUCUUUGACGUGUACCGUACCAAGGGCCAGCUGGCCAACUUCCAGGAGAUGCUGGAGAACAUCUUCCUGCCAUUGUUUGAGGCCACCAUCCAUCCUGCCAGCCACCCGGAGCUGCACCUCUUCUUGGAGCAUGUGGACGGCUUUGACAGCGUGGAUGAUGAAUCCAAGCCUGAGAACCACAUCUUUAACCUGGAGAGCCCCCUCCCCGAGGCCUGGGUGGAGGAGGACAACCCACCGUAUGCUUACUACUUGUACUACACCUUCGUCAACAUGGCCAUGCUGAACCACCUGCGCAGGCAGAGGGGCUUCCACACGUUUGUGCUGAGGCCGCACUGUGGGGAGGCCGGGCCCAUCCACCAUCUGGUGUCGGCCUUCAUGCUGGCUGAGAACAUCUCGCAUGGGCUGCUUCUGCGCAAGGCCCCGGUCCUGCAGUACCUGUAUUACUUGGCCCAGAUUGGCAUCGCCAUGUCCCCGCUCAGCAACAACAGCCUCUUCCUCAGCUACCACCGGAACCCACUACCUGAGUACCUGUCCCGCGGGCUCAUGGUCUCACUGUCCACCGACGAUCCCCUGCAGUUCCACUUUACCAAGGAGCCACUGAUGGAGGAGUACAGCAUCGCCACCCAGGUGUGGAAGCUCAGCUCCUGCGACAUGUGCGAGCUGGCACGCAACAGUGUGCUCAUGAGUGGCUUCUCCCACAAGGUGAAGAGCCACUGGCUGGGACCCAACUAUACCAAGGAGGGCCCUGAGGGCAAUGACAUCCGCCGCACCAAUGUGCCGGAUAUCCGUGUGGGCUACCGCCAUGAGACCCUGUGCCAGGAGCUGGCGCUCAUCACGCAGGCCGUGCAGAGCGAGAUGCUGGAGACCAUCCCGGAGGAGGCGGGCAUCACCAUGAGCCCGGGGCCUCAGUGAGCCCGGCCCACGCAGUGCCCCCGCGUCUCGACACCUUGACCACGUUCUGUCCUCAGACCCCUCCCGCCCUGUUGUGGUCUCUGCAUGUGUCUGUUCUUCUUUGUUCUGUCCUGCAUGUCUCUACCUGUAUCUGUGCCACCCAGGGAAAAUGGUGCCCAGGAGCCGCUUUACCCUUGUCUUGGCUCAGGUGGCACCUGAUGGCCCAGGUUUGAGGUCUGCCCUGCUGGUGGACCUAUCCCAGGAUCCUCUGAAGGCUGACUGUCCUGCGGGCAUCUGAGUGUCCACAAGAGCCAGGGAUGGUUGUGGGGGUCUGGCCCCUCUGGCCCUUGGGGUCCUGGCUUGGGCAAAUUUGAGCUUUGGCUGGGGCUUGAGUCUGGGCCUCUGUCUUGCUUAUGUGGCUGAGGGGCAGUCAGGUGUGGCCUGUACACGUGUGUUGUGGGCACGGGCUGCCAGGGAUCUGCGGCAGGUAGAAUUGGCUGAGUCACAGCCCUGGCUGCCUGGGCUCGGGCCCCGGAGGUGCUGGACCAGCACCUCUGCCAAGUCACGGCCCAGCAGCUUUCACCGUCCUUCCUUUGGUCCAUGUGCUCCCCUGGUGUCAGCUUCCUGUGCCUCUGUGGGAGGGGGCAGCUGCCCUGUGCUGUGGGAGGGGGCAGCUGCCCUGUGCUGUGUCUGGGGUCAUUGCAGCUGGAGGGUCCUGGAUCUGCCACCAGCCCCGAGGGUAGUAUCCCUACUAUGGUCCCCAGAGUUUUGACCAGACCUGGAUCCCACUUGGUCCCCUGUGUUGUGUUCUGGACCGAGGCCUUUGCUAUGAAGUGCGGUGUUUCAUACAAUCCCAUCUUUCCUAGUGCAUGAGAAAUAAAGAUUAUUUAAGUAAUGAGGCAGGUGGGGUCUCUGUUGGGAGAGGGAGAGCCGUGGUGGACGGUGGCUGAGGUCGGGUCCAGGAGCACUGUGGAUGGAGAUACAGCAAAUUCUGAGGGGAGUGACUGGGCUUGACUGAGUGUGUUUAUGCAUGUGGAAACUGACAAAGGAAGCGGGGUGGGAGGAGAGGCCUACGGGGGACCUGUCUGCUGCCCGUAGGCCCUGGUCCGGCCCGCCCCCUCUGAAAUGGACACUUGGCCCCAGGUCUCGGGCACAUCUCUGUCACAUCAGUUUGGGGAGUAGCAUCCCCUUUCCACCUUCUGCUUCCUCCUCACUUCCAGCCUCUUAGGACACCCUAGUAGAUGAGGGAAUGUGAGAUUACAAGCAAGCCCGAGGCCAGUGGUUCUGAAACUCUGGGGACAUCAGGCCCUUCUGGGGAGCUUGUUUAAAACGCUGUUUCCAGGUCCUACCCUCUGCGAUUCUGAUUCAGUAGGUGGGAGGCGUAGCGCAGAAAUCUGCAAGCUCCCUGCAGAUUCUCUUGCAAAGGGUGGGAGCAAGCGUGUGCCUUCUGAAUCCAGACCUAACCAGCUUGGCUUCAGUCCCAUGUUUAAUGCAUGAUUUUUGGAGCACUUCCUUGGACACAGAGGUUGCUGGACUCUGUUGCCCAUGUAAGGAGGAGAGUAGAAUGUGCCCUGUGCUGUGCAGGGUCUUGGGUUGGCGAUGGAGAAGCUGUUUGCUGCUGCUGCUGCUGAGUGGGGAGAAAGACGGCUGGUCGCUUCAGACACAAUUAGCCGGAGAACAGCGUGAGCCUGCCUAACUGAGGGCCUGGAGAGGGAGCAGGAGGCUGGCUUCCUCCCCACUCUGGGCAGCUCACUCUGCUCCAGCCCUGCCUCUCUUCCUGCAUCUGCAUCUUGCCUAGCGCCUCUGGGCAGAAGCUCCCCUGAUGCCACUGCCUCCUGAGGGCUACUAGCCAGGCUCACUCCUGGCCAAGACCCAGGGUCCUUCUGUCUUCAGAAGCCAUCUCUAGCCAAUUUGUUCUAGCCGUUUACACAACGUAGAGCCGAACGUUAGAGCUGGAUGCUGAGCAAGAGAUUGUACAAGUCUGGCUGGUUUCUGGUUGGGGAAACAGGCCCAGGAGAUGCAACUGGCUGGUGGCGGAAUCUGGGCUGGAACCAGGGGAGCUCGGGGUCCAGGGCUCCCCACCUCACGCUGGGCCUGCAUCUGCCCAAGGGAGGAUGCUUUAACAGGCUGAAGGGAACUUACUUUUCAAGGAGGUGAAUGUAUUUAAUAGUAAAAACAUGUUGUGUCUUCAUCUGUAAGACAAGGAAGGAGGAUUAGAAGAUCUUUCUAGAAGGCAAGAAUUACCUGUCUCAUUUGCUAGCACUUAGGACAGCCAAGACUCCGUAUUUUCUCAUUGAACUUGUCAUAUGAUAGAAUCCUUCAUUCCAUUUUCUUGUCCCUUGUACAUUCUUCUCAGUGUUCUGAGGCCUAGCUGUAAGAAUAUUACCAAUUUAAAAAGUUUCUUAACAACCUCCCCACUAUUUUUUUUAAACAACUUGCUUCUAGAUAUUUUGUCUCUCAGAAAUUUCUCUUUUAAACACUUAUUGAGAGCAAAUAAUUUUAAAACAGACCUUAGUACUUUUUCCUAACUGAAAAGAGUAAUUUUCAUUUAAAAAGUUUGGAAAAUAUAGAAAAAAAUGGGAAGAGGAAAAAAGCCCACUCAUAAUCUACCAGUUUCAACAAAUAUUUGAUCAACUUCUGUCUGAGAUACAUUUAUAUGUUUAAAAUAUAUUUUAUAUAUUUACAUAUUCCUUUCAGUUCUUUUUAAAAAGGCAUUUUAAGUUGAGAUCAUACAUGUAUAAUUUUGUAUUUUAAAAAUAUUUUAAUGUCAUUCCACAUUUCAUUAAUAUUUUUACAUUCUUUAUAAAUUUUAAUCACUGUACACUGCCCCAUGAUGAGCCUCACCAUAAUGGCUCUUCUUUGUUAAGAAUAACUAUGGCCUAAUGUCAUGGCUACCAGUGUCUGCUUUGGCUCCAGACCACUGGGGUUUGAAUUUUGGCUUCACUGCCUACUGGCUGUGUGACCUUGGGCAAGUUACUUCCCCUCUCUGUGCCUCCAGGUCCUCACCAAUUUCAUAGGGAUAAUAAUAGCACUUUCCUCAUGGGUUGAUUUUGGAUUCACUGAGUCUCGAUAUAAAGCACUAAGUGCUCAAUAAAUAUUAAAUAUUAUCUUUACAUAUAGGGCUUUACAGAUUAUUCCUAAUGUAGAUGACCGUGAAUGAAAUGACCACGUCCAAGAUAUCUAUUUUAUUGCUUCUUGAUAGAAUGAAUCAAAGUGUGUCAACUGAAGUUAAAGUCCUUUCCCCGCCUUCUGUCUCACCCACUCCAGUGCAGUCCUUCUACCUCCUUCCCUUUCUUGGAAUUAAUGUCAUGACCCUCCUCGUGGCCUGCUUGGGAGGUGUGUGUGGAAGUCUUUGUGAAGAAGCUGCAUCUUCCCUCCUCUCCCUCCUUCCUCGAUGGUCGGGAUCCAGGGCUUCUGCCUCUUGCGUGGAGAAGGGAGUGGAGUGGAUGGCAGAGAGAAUUCAAAAAACUGGUCUCUGCUCGGAAGGGCCCCAGACAGAGUGCAAGAAAACAGGCAAAUCAACUUGUCUCGGCCAGUCUGCUUUGAAUGGGCCCGGCCCUGAGUGACGUCUAUACUGGGGGACUGUCCCUCGUGAGUCACAAAACGCUGUGGCUGGGCGGGCUGUGCCAGGCCACAUCACACCCUGCCCUGCCCUGCUUCACCUCCUGGUGCCCCAUCCUGGGGGACUUGAGGGGAGCAGGGGGGGCAAUUGGCUGUGCCCCCAGAUGGAAGGGGCUGGUAAGGCUUGGUUAGGAUGACAGUGAUCCUGAUUUCCAAACCUUACAUGAGAACAUUCGCCCCAUCAAAGCAUUGCCUCAUUCGUAAAUGUAUGUAUAUGGAA